CAGACUCCUGGUUCUGAUCACAACGUAUUCACACGAAAACUCAGCGUCGGUGAGAAGAGAGCUUUCCCGCGCUUCCUCUUUAAUUCCACCUUAAAACAUCUGCAGAGACUCGGAGACCGGCCCACAUUUAGCCCCUCCUACCAAGGAUAAGACGUUCUCUAAGUCCGGAGCUGAAAAAAAGGAUCCUGGCAGAAACCUAAAGACUUAGAGGCGCCCGAGGAUUCUCGUGCAGCUCUGGGAACUGUUUUAAAGAAGUCGGAGUGCCAGAGAAGUUCUUUGAAGUGUGAAAAGAUUUCCUGUCAUUGAAACCACAAUGUCAUUUAUAGAUCCGUAUCAGCAUAUUAUAGUGGAGCACCAGUACUCACACAAGUUCACGGUAGUGGUGUUACGUGCUACCAAAGUGACAAAGGGGGCCUUUGGUGACAUGCUUGACACUCCAGACCCCUACGUGGAACUUUUCAUCUCUACGACCCCUGACAGCCGGAAGAGAACAAGACACUUUAAUAAUGACAUCAACCCUGUAUGGAAUGAGACCUUUGAAUUCAUUUUGGAUCCCAACCAGGAAAAUGUUUUGGAGAUCACGUUAAUGGAUGCUAAUUACGUCAUGGAUGAAACUCUUGGGACAGCAACAUUUCCUGUAUCGUCCAUGAAAGUGGGGGAGAAGAAAGAGGUUCCUUUUAUUUUCAACCAAGUAACUGAAAUGAUUCUGGAAAUGUCUCUUGAAGUUUGCUCAUGCCCAGACCUACGAUUUAGCAUGGCGCUGUGUGAUCAGGAGAAGAUGUUCAGACAACACAGAAAAGAAAACAUAAAGGAGAACAUGAAGAAACUCUUGGGUCCUAAGAAGAGUGAAGGAUUGUAUUCUACACGUGACGUGCCUGUGGUGGCUAUACUGGGCUCCGGUGGGGGUUUCCGAGCCAUGGUGGGAUUCUCUGGUGUUAUGAAGGCACUUUAUGAAUCAGGAAUUUUGGAUUGUGCUACCUACAUCGCCGGUCUUUCUGGCUCCACCUGGUACAUGUCCACCUUGUAUUCUCAUCCUGACUUUCCAGAGAAAGGGCCAGAGGAGAUUAAUGAAGAGCUAAUGAAAAAUGUUAGCCACAACCCCCUUUUACUUCUCACACCACAAAAAGUAAAAAGAUAUGUUGAGUCUUUGUGGAAGAAGAAAAGCUCUGGCCAGCCUGUCACCUUUACGGAUAUCUUCGGGAUGUUAAUAGGAGAAACACUAAUUCACAAUAGAAUGAACACUACCCUGAGUAGUUUGAAGGAGAAGGUCAAUACUGCUCAGUGCCCUUUACCCCUUUUCACCUGCCUCCAUGUCAAACCUGACGUCUCAGAGCUGAUGUUUGCAGAUUGGGUUGAAUUUAGUCCAUAUGAGAUUGGCAUGGCUAAAUAUGGCACUUUUAUGGCUCCUGACCUAUUUGGAAGCAAAUUUUUUAUGGGAACAGUUGUAAAGAAGUAUGAAGAAAACCCCUUGCAUUUUUUAAUGGGUGUCUGGGGCAGUGCCUUUUCUAUACUGUUCAACAGAGUCUUGGGAGUUUCCGGCUCACAAAAUAAAGGUUCUACAAUGGAGGAAGAAUUAGAAAACAUUACAGCAAAGCAUAUUGUGAGUAACGAUAGCUCAGACAGCGAUGAUGAAUCACAAGAACGCAAAGGCACUGAAAAUGAAGAUGCUGAAAGGGAAUAUCAAGACGAUAAUCAAGCGAGCUGGGUUCACCGUAUGGUCAUGGCCUUGGUGAGUGACUCAGCUCUAUUCAACACCAGAGAAGGGCGUGCUGGGAAGGUGCACAACUUCAUGCUGGGCUUGAACCUCAACACGUCUUACCCGCUGUCUCCUCUGAGAGACUUUGCCACGCAGGAAUCCUUCGAUGACGAUGAGCUGGACACGGCUGUAGCAGAUCCUGAUGAAUUUGAGCGAAUAUAUGAGCCUCUGGAUGUCAAAAGUAAAAAGAUUCACGUAGUGGACAGCGGACUCACAUUCAACCUGCCCUACCCCUUGAUCCUGAGACCUCAGAGAGGGGUUGAUCUCAUCAUCUCCUUUGACUUUUCUGCAAGGCCCAGUGACUCCAGUCCUCCGUUCAAGGAACUCCUACUUGCAGAAAAGUGGGCUAAAAUGAACAAGCUUCCCUUUCCCAAGAUUGAUCCUUACGUGUUUGAUCGGGAAGGACUGAAAGAGUGCUAUGUCUUCAAACCCAAGAACCCUGAUGUGGAGAAAGAUUGCCCAACCAUCAUCCACUUUGUGUUGGCCAACAUCAACUUCAGAAAGUACAAGGCUCCAGGUGUUCCAAGAGAAACGGAAGAAGAGAGAGAAAUAGCCGACUUUGAUAUUUUUGAUGACCCCGAAUCACCAUUUUCAACCUUCAACUUUCAGUAUCCAAACCAAGCAUUCAAAAGGCUGCAUGACCUGAUGCACUUCAACACCCUGAACAACAUCGACGUGAUAAAAGACGCCAUCGUUGACAGCAUUGAAUACAGAAGGCAGAAUCCGUCUCGGUGCUCUGUUUCCCUCAGUAAUGUUGAGGCAAGAAGAUUUUUCAACAAAGAGUUUCUAAGUAAACCCCCAGCCUAGUUUGGUUACUACGGAGGGCAGCAGUGCCUGAUGCUGGGGCAGACCGAAAUUCCAUGACAACUGGAUUGAAAAGCACAGGACAGGUCACAGUACUGAUCCCCUGAGACCAGCAAAUUCUCAAACUCACAGUUUAUUAGGCUGUGUGAGAAUUCUACUAGUGGGUCAUCGGAAAAGUCAUGACGUAACUUUCUAUGUUUUUCUAUGCAAAAAUGCAUCAUGACUUUUUCGAUGACCCAAUUAUUUGAAGUCGGUUAGGAUGAAACAUGAUGUUGGUUAUAUAAACGUAUCUUUAGCUACAUUUUCUGUCAGAAUGGAUUUCCUGAUGCGAAUGUAGAUGCACACACCGUAUGUUUAAGCAUUCCUCACCAACCUUCAUAGGUUUGCUCUUUCUAAAAAUGUGGUUUUCUUUAAAACAUGUUCAACAGUUCAAGCUCAGUAAGACCUCCCAUUUCGCGUGAAUGUUAUUCACUGACUAGGUGUAGGCAUGCUCUGAAACAACACUAUUUUUAUUUAUAUGUGCAUAUAUAUACAUAUAUGUAAUAAAGAUAUCAAUAUGCAA